GCAGCUGGGAACAUAAGAGCAGCUCACUGUCAUCAAUAUGGGAACCGAUUUAGAAGAUAUGGGCAUGUACGAGAAGGGGAGUUCUAAAAAGUACUGCAUGAAAGGAAAGCAUGUAGCUGCUAUUAUAGGGGUGGUGGUGGUUGUUGGGCUGGCUGUGGGGCUCGGAGUUGGACUUACUUAUCCAGAGCCAUGUAAAAGCACCAAUGGAGAUGUUACCAAGCCACCUUUGCCCAGCACUACUGUAUCAUCACCACCACCACCACCCAACUCUGAAGCUUGCCCAGCUGAAAACAAUGAAAAUGGGGACUGGAGUCAGUUCAGACUCCCAAGUUACAUUAACCCCCUGCACUAUGACCUGGAGCUCCAACCUGAAAUGGAUAAAGAUACAUAUGAUGGUACUGUAACCAUCUGGCUGAAGCUGGCUCGCCCAAGUACACAUCUGUGGCUACAUAUCAGGGAGACCAAGAUCGUAGGGCAGCCCAGGCUGAGAGAUCAAAACAACCAGGAGAUCCCCAUCAAACAUUGCUUUGAAUUUAAACGCCAUGAGUAUGUGGUGGUGGAAGCUGACCAAAGUCUGCAGCCCAAUGGCAACAAUGAGUUUCUGAAUGAUACCUACCGUCUGACACUACAAUUUGCAGGACAGUUGAAUGGCUCCCUGGUGGGCUUCUACAGAACCACCUACCAAGAAAAUGGAGUGACCAAGAGCAUUGCAGCUACAGAUCAUGAGCCAACAGAUGCACGGAAGUCAUUCCCAUGUUUCGAUGAGCCAAAUAAAAAAGCAACUUACACGAUUUCCAUUAUGCACAAGCAAGAGUACAAUGUCCUCUCCAAUAUGCCUAUUGAGCAUACUCAUGACCACGGAAAUGGCUGGAACCACACACAAUUCCAUAAGUCAGUGCCUAUGAGUACAUACUUGGUUGCUUUUGCAGUCCACCAAUUCACAUUUGAGGAGAGAAUUUCAACUCGAGGGGUUCCUCUAAGAAUCUAUGUGCAGCCACUACAGCAACAAACUGCAGCAUAUGCAGCCGAAACCACAAAAGUUGUGUUUGACUUUUUUGAAAAAUAUUUCGAUAUGGACUAUUCUCUUCCUAAACUUGAUCAAAUAGCAAUACCUGAUUUUGGAACCGGAGCCAUGGAAAACUGGGGACUAAUCACAUAUAGGGAGACUAACCUGCUUUAUGAUCCUAAUGAAUCUGCAACAGUCAAUAAGCAGAGAGUUGCUGCCGUAAUUGCUCAUGAGCUUGUCCAUCAGUGGUUUGGAAACAUAGUGACGAUGGACUGGUGGGAUGACCUGUGGCUGAAUGAAGGCUUCGCCAGCUUCUUUGAGUAUUCAGGAGUGAAUUCAACAGAACCUCUAUGGAACAUGCCCGACCAAAUUUUAAUAGAUGAUUUGUUACCUGUAAUGAGAGAUGAUGCACUACAGUCCUCUCACCCAAUUAUUGUCGAUGUCUCCACCCCAGCAGAGAUAACAUCCGUCUUUGAUGCCAUUUCAUACAAUAAGGGAGCAUCCAUUUUAAGAAUGCUUGAAAAUUGGAUUAUGCCAGAAAAAUUCCAGUUAGGAUGUCAGAAUUAUCUAAAGAAAUAUCAGUUCAAGAAUGCCAAAACAGAUGACUUCUGGGGUUCUCUGGCUGAGGCAAGUGGCCAACCAGUCAAAGACGUCAUGGACACCUGGACCAGACAGAUGGGUUACCCAGUGCUCAAUGUACAAUCUGGAAAUCAUGUUCAGCAGAAAAGAUUUCUUUUGGAUCCAAAUGCUAAUUCAUCUGAACCAGAGUCCCUAUACAGCUACACGUGGAACAUCCCAGUGACAUUCUAUGAUACUAGCAAAUUAGAUGACAAGCACAUCCGUUUUUACAACAAAUCAGAACCUUCACUAACUUUGGAACCCUAUGAUAAUAAUACAGUGGGGUUCUUGAAGAUAAACAAUAUGCACUUUGGAUUUUUCCGGGUAAAUUAUGAAACCCAAGUAUGGAAUCAGCUGGCAACUUUAUUGCAGGCAAAUCAUGUGGUUUUUACGGCAGGAGACAGAGCUGGACUAAUUGAUGAUGCUUUUGCCUUAGCAAGUGGUGAAAUUCUGGAUUAUAAUAUUUCUCUUGACGUAACAAAAUAUCUUCAGAAUGAGAAAGACUAUCUUCCCUGGGUGAGAGUGAGCUCUGCACUCGCCUAUUUAAAUGAUAUGUUGGAGAAUGAUGAAACCAUCUACCCAAAAUUUCAGGAAUAUUUACGAAAACAAGUUAAACCAAUUACAGAUGAACUUGGCUGGCAUGAUAAUGGCACUGAUGUGCAGAAGCUCCUCCGAACUUCAGUACUGGCUCUCGCGUGCAGGGCUGGAGAUCCUGAGGCACUGAACCAGGCCUCACGCAUUUUCAAAGAAUGGAUAGCUGGGACUGGGAUUCCUGUGAACCUCAGACAGCUGGUCUAUCGUUAUGGGAUGAAACAGUCUGGUGAUGAGCAGUCCUGGAAUUUCAUGUUUCAGAAGUAUUUAGAAACUCCAUUAGCUCAAGAAAAAGAAAAGCUACUACAGGGUCUAGCAUCAGUGGAGAGCAUCCCGCUUCUCAACAGAUAUCUCAAGCAGAUUUCUGACCAAAGCCUUAUUAAGAGCCAAGAUGCCCUGAAUGUUAUAUAUUAUAUAUCUGCAUACAGCAAGCUUGGAAAGCAAAUGGCUUGGGACUGGGUGCGGAUUAACUGGGACUUCUUAGUAAAAAGAUACACCAUCAAUGACCGAAACCUUGGUCGGAUAAUUACAAGAAUAUCAACAACAUUUAACACAGAUACCCAGCUGUGGCAAAUGGAAAAUUUCUUUGAGACUUAUCCAAAUGCUGGGGCAGGAGCAACCCCAAGACAGCAAGCACUUGAAACUGUUAGAAAUAACAUUGAAUGGGUUGCAGCCAACAAAAAUGGUAUUAAAACCUGGCUGGAAGCAAACGCUUGAAAGUUUGAAAGUUCUUAAUAGACAGAAAUGAGCAAACCAGAGAGGAGCGGAAACUUACCUUCCAUCAACCCAAAGGAAACACUUGGACAUUAAAGACCAUGCUCUUGCUGGAUUUAUUCCAUAAUGAACUCACAUGACCCAACAAGAAACCCCUAAUGGUAUCUGGGACCAUCUAUUUCAGGCUGUUUGCUUUAUAUUUAUUAUUGGAAACAUACAUACAUAAAUCUUAUCAAAAAAAUAUUUAGGAGGAGCCAUUCAUGUGUCUUGUCACCGUAAAUCUGAAUAGAAAUAAUCAAAUGAAGUGGAAUGCUAAGGAAGUC